GGCCGCGUUCAGAGCUCAGCGUCCGGACAAGGAGGAGGGGGUUCCACCGCUAAUUCCCAACCAGCCGCUCCUGUGAGGCUCCAAUCCCGCUAAAUAGGCUUAGCUCCGCGGGAACAGGCAGCGAGGCUGACCGAAGCAAGACUCUUGUUUUGGGUGUUUGUUGGAAUGUUCUCCAGGCUGGCUGUUAGCUUGUUGCGUGCGAUGCUUGGGUUUAGAUGGAGCUAUGUUCAGUGAGGGCUGCUCGGUGACAACACUCGGCCCGGUGCCGCUCGACCCGCUCGGAUCUUAUUGCUAAUCGAUUUUUUUUUUACGUUUUUAACCUCCACUAUGUGUUUCAACACGAUCCCGCAGUUGAGGCUCGGUUGAUCCCCUUUCCCUUCUCUGCCAUUUGAACCACCCUCCACACCGAGCCAUGGCCAAGAACCAGUCCGAGUCUCCGGGCGACGACCUGAGCCAGCUGACCGACGAUGAGCUGCUCCGCUGCGGCAAGGAGGAGCUUCUCCGGCGGCUUCGCCGGGUCGACGGAGAGAAGAUGAACCUAAUGAUCGAGCACGGCAACAUGAUGAAGGACAUCAACCGGCGGCUGCAGGUGCACCUCCAUGAGAUCCGCAGCCUUAAGGAGGUCAACCAGAAGCUGCAGGACGACAACCAUGAGCUCCGCGAGCUCUGCUGCUUCCUGGACGACGAUCGACAGAAGGGCAAGAAGCUCUCCCGCGAGUGGCAGCGCUUCGGCCGCUACACGGCCAGCGCCAUGUGGAAGGAGGUGGGCACCUACAUGAUGAAACUGAAGGAGUUGGAGGCCAACCAGGAGAGCGUGCUGAGGGAGAACACUGAGCUGAAGGAGAUCAUCCUCAUGCUGGACGAGGAGAGGAACGGGGCCGGAUCCAGGAGCUCCAUAGACAGCCAGUCCAGCCUGAGCAACCUGAACGGGGGCACCGGCACCGUCAGGGACGUCGGGGAUGGGAGUAGCACGUCCAGCGCCGGCAGUACUGGAAGUCCCGACCACCACAACCACAUGCACAAGCCCGCCUCUGAGGGCACCAAGCUGGCCCCCCCUAUGAGGAGGUCCAUGGACGACCUGUCGGUGCCCCACCAUCACAGGAGCAUCCCCAAUGGCCUCAAUGAUUCCUCCUCCAACUACAUCCGACAGCUGGAGACGAAAGUGCGAAUCCUGGAGGACGACAACAACAAGCUUCUGUCGCAGGCUCAUAGCCGUUAUAGUUUAUCACAGAUGCACAGCAACAAGUGCAACCCAGGUGACCUCCGAGCCCUGAGGAAAGGAAUGACCCUUUACCACUCCGAGUCGCAGCUGUCCUCGCUGCCCCAGCGCCAGGACGCCAUGCACUUGGGAACGGGCCGUCUUCCAAACAGCGAAUCCUCCCCGGCCACGGGAUACUUGUCCUGCGUCCAGAAGCCCGAGGCCGUGGUGCACGCCAUGAAGGUUCUGGAGGUCCACGAGAACUUGGACAAGCAGGUUCCUGAAGACUACGAGGACGACCUGAGCGAGAAGGAGAAGGCCAUCGUGCGGGAGAUGUGCAACGUGGUGUGGAGGAAGCUGGGUGACGCUGCGGGGUCCAAACUGUCCAUCAGGCAGCACCUGUCAGGAAACCAGUUCAAGGGUCCGCUGUAGCGUGAGCACGCACGCCCACCUGGACAGCGACCAGACCGCCAUCCUAACCAGGUUCCCUCCGCCACACACUUGGACAGGCUACGUCAGCGACUACAGGGACCGCCUCGUCCGCUCUUCACUCGUGUUUUCAUCUCUGCCAGCGUCCGACAAUUUUGCACCUGGCCGGCUCGCCACUUUGCCGUUUGUUUUGUUGUUGUUUCUUUUUUUUUUGUUUUGUUUUUUUUUUACCCGUUGAGGCGACAGGAAAGACAUUUUACAAAAAACUGACGUCGUGCAACACUAAGCUAGCGAGUUCCAAGCACAGCGCUUGCGAGCGGAGGGGGGCAGGAGUCCAUCUUGGAAUAUUUUUUGAUAUUACCUCCUGUAGCGCCCCCUAGCUCCUCAUGUCAUAUUUCUCACCCCAUUCGCCCCCCCAUGGACUAAUUAGCAUUAGGUACAAACGUGUUAACUAGUGCAAACCCACUGUGACCCAGCACCUUCUUGCUCGUGUAGAGACCACGGUGUCCAUCAUGUUUCUGUUUUAGCGCGGCCAUGUGAUCAAACUUUUGGUAUUAAUGAUGUUUUUUAUGAUCUGGCUGUUUUAGGAAUCAGCGUUUCUUACUUUUUAACGGUGAACAAAACAACCACCGAGGAAUUAGGAUGCUGUGUGCAUGCUCGACAAUCAUCUUCUCAGGUUGGGAGGGCGACAGCUUUAGCGCCUUUGUGGGAGAAAUACCGCCAAGUCGGCACGGAACAUCGGGCUUCCGAGUAGAACUUGUCCGCGUGUUUUCCACUCUGCAUGUUUUUGGAACGCUUGGUUCUUGACACACUUUUCUCUGUCCCCUGAUCAAGAAAGAAAAGAUGUUGUGAUGUCAGACACGUGGGUGCGACGGACGCGCAACUUUUGGCGACCUGUGAUUGGGCAGCUGCGGCCCCUCCCACCUCUACGCUUGACCUCUUCCAAAUGAACAACAUCUACUCACCCAUGAUGAUAAAAGUGUCCUUUUUUUCUAGGAAGGGAUCGAUUGGAAGCCAUGAUUAUCUCGUAGGAAGUGAUGAGACGAGGAGUGCUGUACUUUGCCGCAUGGUGUCUACAUGCCAACAUUCUAGAACAGGUGGCUCGUGAGCGGUCAGCUUAAAGAAUAUUUGGAUUUUUUUUUUUUUUUAGUGAUGCUCAGUAUUGUAGGGUGGCCAUAUUUUCAUGGAGCAAAAACCAGAACACGUGGUACGAGACGCGCAAAUGAUACUGGACAUUUCCUCAAGGAUGCCUUUGUAAUAUCAGUACGUUUAAAGUGCGCCUCCUGCGGAUGAAUAGAAAAGUUUAAAUUCCAAAAUACUAGCAGACACCUGCUCAGUUUACGACAAAAAUAUCUGAUAUGUUUCAAUUCAGGUUGUACGAUAAUUAUCGGGCCGAUACUAGGGAAUUAUGAUGUCAUACCAAUAAAUCUGAUAACAUUAAGUAACCGACAAUUUAAAAAAAAAACGCAUCAUAUGAGGCAAGAUUACCUGUACCAUGCGCAAAUCAAGCGCCUCCUUUUUUCUCCUGCCUUGCGAUGCGUACCACAAACGUGAUCGGUUCUGCACAUGCGCGAGACCUACGUCACUUCCUCCGUUCGCACAUUUUUAUGAGCGCUUCUGUGACGUCACGUGCUGUGGUAGUUAUUUUUGACGCGUAUGAACAUAACCACACCUCAUACUGUAUGUACUAUAGAAUGACCCUACGUAAAAACGCACGCGCAGGUGCACCACAGACACAAACGUCACAUCCGCUCACGUAUCAAUACAUGAAUAAAUGCAAUAAACCUUAUAAAACAAUCCAUGAAAUAGUGAUAUCGGAAUGUAAGCAACCAUAAGCAGAGUGCAAUGAUGGAUUCUUCUGGUCACCAACCCGUCGAUAGCGAGGAGGCACUUGUCCAUCUUUGGGACUUUGCCGGUCAUUGCGAGAAUAUUAGAAAAAAUGAGUAUUAUUACAUCAGUGCCCUCCCCUCCCGGAGAGUGACCAGCAGGCACACAUUUUGACCACUGAACACGACCGUAGCCUCGUGGAGUCAAAUGACAGCUUAUCUAUGCCAGUUUAUCUACGCCAGCGUGUGAUCGCGUUUCAAUCUCAUUCCACUUUGUUUACACGUUUUGCCUGGCUCUCACUGCCGGCAGUUAGCUCGCUUGUUUUUGUCCCACGGGUAAGCUACAAGUGGCUAUCACGUACAUACAUGCUAACUUACGUUUUUAAGUGUCACACUGCACCUUGGUGUGCCACGCCAGGUGGCUCCUCUCACUCUAUACUCCGGUUCUCCUGACCUCCGUGGCGCGUGCAUGAAUACAGUGCACCUUGCUGGGCCGCAGCAGGUGGCUCCCUCCGCUCGAUACGAUACUUCCCCUGAUAGCAGUGAUGUGGUAGUAGUCAUUUCAUGAUAUCUGAUUAGGACAAAUCAACAGGUACAGUUGGUCAAAUCCUAAUUUGUUCCAGUCCUUCUGACCUCCAGGUGUGCACAAACUACACUUAAAUCUAAAUUUAACUAACAUUUUCAUAGCCUUUAAAAAAAAAAAAUAACACCCAGCACAUGUCCAGGAUUAACAGGAAGUUUGGUCACUCUACAAUAGCUAUUUUUUCUUUUUAACGAUAUCACAUGCAGCACUUCAUGACCGAUACGGAUAGUGGCAGCAGAUCUUACCUCAAACUAAUGUGGUGUAACGAACACUUUGCUUCUUUUUUCUGUCUGUUUGUGCAAAAAUAAACGGUCGGCCGAUAUUAUCGGACAUUUCCAGUAUUUUAGUAAGUGUUCAAUUCUAACAUGAUGCCUCUUAUUUCAUGACAAAUGAUCACAACAUAGCAUAAAGUCCACAUGGACCACUGUUUGCGUGGAGCUGUGCUUCGUAAAGAACAAAUUCAGUGUUGCCAGUCAUAAAUAAAAGACAAAUAGCUCACCUCUUCCUUAGCUUUUGUCAAGUAGAGCUGCAAGUUGGAGCCAUGUUCUGGAAACGCUCACAUGCUAACAUUCCUGUGCUAGCUAGCAUGAGUCUAACAUGUUCCCGCCAAGCUCACUCAUCCUGAGGACCAAACAGAUGGAAGAGGCCACUUUAGACUCCAAUAAAAAAAAAUAAACGAGUUGCUUAAAAAAAAACAAA